GUGACCUACGAAGGCCCGUGCGGCCUUCCAAAGCCAUCCCUCUCUAGCGACGGCGGGCUCGGGGGUGCGGCAGGGAGGACCCUUAUUUUUCCCGUCACCUAGCCUUAUGCCGCAACCACCUCCCUCGCGAGGGCAGAGGAUGACGUCAUUUCUGGUUCACGUAAAGCUUCCUAAAGUGCUGGGAUUUUAGAUGUGAGCUUCCUUACUCAGCUCACAUCUAUUCCGGAUUUGUACUGGCACUCUUGCUGGACUAAGAGAUCUGGGAUUCCUCAGAUUCUGUCCUCUGCGAUGAGCCUGUACCCUUGCCACACAGACCCAGCAUUCCCAGGUUUCCCAGCCUAGUCCCAGGAGCUAAUGAAAGAGCAGACUGGAGCCAUGGGUACGUGGUGAUGCUGAGAGCACAGGGGCAUGGCUGCAGCCCUGCAGGUUCUGCCCUGUCUGUUCCGAGCCCCCUCACGUCCACUCUUCUGGGGGCACCCCGUGGCCCGGCUGGCCAGUGGCAUGGCCUUAUCAGAGCAGGCGCGACAGCUGUUUGAGAGUGCCGUGGGUGCUGUGCAGCCAGGCCCCAUGCUGCAAAGGGCACUGUCCUUGGAUCCUGAUGGCAAACAGCUGAAGGUGCGGGACCGGAGCUUCCAGCUGCAGCAAAACCUGUACCUUGUGGGCUUCGGCAAAGCUGUACUGGGCAUGGCAGCCGCAGCGGAGGAGCUACUGGGCCAUCAUCUUGUGCAGGGUGUCAUCAGCGUUCCCAAGGGGAUCCGUGCUGCUAUGGAGCGUGCUGGCAAGCAGGAGCUACUGCUGAAGCCACACAGCUGUAUCAAGGUGUUUGAAGGUGCCGAGGACAACUUACCAGACCGUGAUGCACUGCGGGCUGCGCUGGCCAUCCGGCACCUGGCUGAGGGUCUCACAGCUGAUGACCUGCUGCUUGUGCUUAUCUCAGGUGGAGGCUCAGCCCUGUUGCCUGCUCCUAUUCCCCCUGUCACACUGGAGGAGAAACUGAUGCUCACCAAGCUGCUGGCGGCCCGAGGAGCUACCAUCCAGGAGCUCAACACCAUCCGAAAAGCCCUGUCUCAGCUCAAGGGUGGAGGGUUGGCCCAGGCUGCCUACCCUGCCCAGGUGGUGAGCCUGAUCCUGUCAGAUGUGGUGGGGAACCCUGUGGAUAUGAUUGCCAGCGGCCCCACUGUGGCCAGCGCCCACAAUGUGCAAGACUGCUUGAACGUCCUCAAUCUCUACGGACUUCGUGCUGCUCUGCCACGUUCCAUAAAGACUGUGCUUGCUCAAGCUGACUCUGACCCCCGUGGGCCACACACCUGUGGUCAUGUCCUCAAUGUGAUCAUUGGCUCUAACGUGCUGGCACUGGCAGAGGCUCAGAGGCAGGCCCAGCUGCUGGGCUACCGGGCUGUGGUGCUGAGUGCGGCCAUACAGGGCGAUGUGAAAAGGGUGGCUCAGUUCUAUGGGACGCUAGCCCACGUGGCUGGAGCCCACCUGGCUCCAUCCACAGCUGGGCCCUCUGUGGAGGAGAAUGCAAAACUCCGUGAGCUUGCAGCUGAGCUCCAGCUCACAGACCUGCAGUUGGAGGAGGUGCUGGCAGCUGUAGCGGAGGCUAAGGGCCCAGUGUGCCUACUGGCUGGUGGGGAGCCCACAGUGCAGCUGCAGGGCUCAGGCAAGGGUGGCCGGAACCAAGAGUUGGCCUUGCGUGUUGGAGCAGAGCUGGCAAGGUGGCCCCUGGGGUCUGUUGAUGUACUGUUUUUGAGUGGUGGCUCUGAUGGGCUGGAUGGGCCCACUGAUGCCGCUGGGGCCUGGGUCAUGCCUGGCCUCACCAGCCAGGCUGCUGCUGAGGGGUUGGAUGUGACCACUUUCCUAGCCCAAAAUGACUCGUACACCUUCUUCUGCCGCCUGCAUGGUGGAACACACCAGCUGUACACAGGAAUGACAGGUACCAAUGUCAUGGACAUCCAUCUCCUGUUGCUGUGGCCUCAGUGAUGAAAUAGGUCCAGAAAAGGCCAGAAAGAUGAGAGUGGGGCCCUAGGACCUGGUCAUGUCUUUGGGCUCCUCUCCUCCUCAGCUCUGGCUUCUUGGCUGGCCCUCCCACCUCCCACCUCCCACCUCUCUGUUCUGUGUUCAUUCCCCACAGUGAGGUUUGUAGAUGGGAACUUUCCUGCACCUUUGCUUUAUGCCAUGGAAGCAGGCAGUCCUGAAGUCCAGGACAAGCCUGUUGGCCAGUUCUACCCUGUGCCAUCUCCUGGACCAGCCCUUCAGCCUGUUGCUUCUAUGGAGUGAAUCUAGAAGUACUGUAAAUAAAAAGGACCACAUUGGG